CCUGCAUCCAUUCAACAAAAUUAGCCUCGCCUGACCUGCCCCUCAUCUCGAUCCUUGGGACCUCUUUAUAACUCCCGGGUAUCGAACAGAUCAGCUGCCUAGGUAUUUUGCCUCCAUUUGCACCUCGGUCUCGCUCCUGCCGUACUUUCGACUUUUCAAGUCGUCAUCGCACGCAUUUCACCUGCUACCAUUCUCGCUCCCCCGCUCUUCUUCCUGCUUUUGUUGGCUGGGUUCGGCUUUCAUUUGCCCCGCCAUUAUCCGCCAUCUCACCCGACCCCUCGAGCUAGUCGAAUCCGCAGUUCCUUUUUUCCUCGUUGCUCUCCGGCCCUCGCCUCUCUCAUUCUCGCAAAGGUGACGGCGUUCUGCAGUACAUAGCAUAGUCAAUAAAACGAAGUUGCUCGCAGCCCGCUGCGCAUCAUUAUCCGCCCGACCAGAGGCUCCAAAGCAUAUCAGUUUAUACUGCCUUGCUGACCGCCGCCACAUUCCCCAACUGUACAUAACAUCUCUGGCUGGGCUAUACAGAGCACAGCUGUAUCGUGCCAUCCGAGCGUUGAGUCGACGACGGGCUUUCUGAAAGCCUAAUUCUACCCUGAAUCAUGGCCGCCGUAUACACACAGAUGCAGCCGCAAGAGGAGCUGGUAGCGCUCUUCUCUCGCAAUCUCACCUUGGACCCUCUGUCUCAGCCAACGGCCGCACCUGCACCUGCACCUGCACCUGCACCAGCGCCCGCACCCGUGCCGGUCCAAGAGGCCCAGAAAGAGCGCAAGAUCGUUUACAUCUCGCAACACUACACCCACUCUGCCCACAUAGCAAGGCAGGAGGCCGCGAAAGAGAAGUCCCAGCCACCACGGCCCGCUUCCGAGCCGCCCCAGAGCGAGCACGCAGCCGUCGAGCAGGUCUUAAGAGAGCAUAGUGUAGACACCUCGGGUCUCUCGUCAGCCCAGUUCCAGUUGUUCAAGAGGGUCGACACACCAGAGAAACUCCGUCUCAUCGAGCUCUGGCGCACCUGCCCCCCGGUCAACAGCACCGACAACCCAACGCUUAACUGGAGCAUGACAUCCGUCGCACAGGAGGAGGCUCUCGCGCGGCUGCGGUUCGAGCGGCAGCAGCAGCGGCUCAUCGACCAGCAGCUCCAGCAAGAUUGCGGCAUGAUGCAAGACGAGUCCGAAACCGAACCGGAAACGGUCAUGUCCCUCGACGGCACGCCUCUGACUCCGAUCCAGGCCGGUGACGGCCGCUGGAUCGCGACUGCGUCCUACCACUACAUGGAGCCUUACAUGGCGUCGGGAUACGAGGAGUUGGCUCGCCGUGAGUACGAAGAGUCCGCGCGUAGGGCGUAUGCUGAAGCUGUGUCACCACCAUCAAAGGAGACCAAUUCGCUCGCGCCUGCUGCCCCAGCCGGCACUGGGGGUAUGCCGAGUUUUAACCCCGCGCACGCCGAUCCCGUAUACAAGACGACCGACUUGGGUGUCGGCGUAGACUGGGCUCGAGAGGCGGCUAUGGCUGAUCAGUAUGGGCGCGUCAUGGCCAUGAGGGAGGAUGAGGAGAUGUUGUGAUUACGGUCUUCCCUUUGCUGGUUGUUCUUAUAACGGCUAGGGAGCUGUAUGUCGGCAGAAUACGCACGUCUUAUGGGAUGGAUGCAUGUUGUACUAUGCUUUUUCUCCCCCAUGUCUGCUAGCGUGACAGUAUGACUUGAAGUACGGAAAUACUACAGGGUCUCAACCGC